AUGGAGUCUGUCCAAGGAGUUCCCUCUGCCGACCCAGCCACCUUCACUGCUCCCACGUCCUCUGCCAUCACUGAGAACAAGAAUAUCGUGCGCCGCAAGUUGACUGGAUACGUUGGAUUUGCCAACCUGCCCAACCAGUGGCAUCGCAAGAGUGUUCGCAAGGGUUUCAACUUCAACGUUAUGGUUGUUGGUGAAUCUGGUCUUGGCAAGUCCACCCUUGUUAACACCCUGUUCAACACCUCGUUAUACCCUCCCAAGGAGCGCAAGGGACCCAGUCUCGACAUCAUCCCCAAGACCGUUACCAUUGAGUCAAUCAGCGCAGAUAUUGAGGAGGCUGGUGUGCGCCUUCGCCUCACCGUGGUCGACACCCCCGGUUUCGGUGACUUCGUCAACAACGAUGAGUCCUGGCGCCCUAUUGUCGACAACAUUGAGCAGCGCUUUGACGCCUAUCUCGAUGCUGAGAACAAGGUUAACCGUGUCAAUAUCAUUGACAACCGCAUCCACGCUUGCGUCUUCUUCAUCCAGCCCACCGGCCACUCCCUGAAGCCCCUGGAUAUUGAGGUGAUGCGCCGACUUCACACCAAGGUCAACCUGAUUCCUGUUAUCGCCAAGUCAGACACUCUCACAGACGAAGAGAUUCUCAGCUUCAAGGCUAGAAUUCUUGCCGACAUCAAGUACCAUGGCAUCCAGAUCUUCGAGGGCCCUCGAUAUGAGCUCGACGACGAGGAGACGAUCGCAGAGAACAACGAAAUCAUGUCCAAGGUCCCCUUCGCUGUUGUUGGUGCCACCAACGAGAUUGCUACCCCCGAUGGCCGCAAAAUUCGUGGUCGUGAGUACCCCUGGGGUAUCAUCGAGGUCGACAACGAGGAGCACUGUGAUUUCGUCAAGCUCCGACAGAUGCUCAUCCGCACCCACAUGGAAGAGCUCAAGGAACACACGAACAACUUGCUGUACGAGAACUACAGAACCGACAAGCUCAUUGCCAUGGGUGUGUCGCAAGACCCCAGCGUUUUCAAGGAGGUCAACCCUGCUGUCAAGCAGGAGGAGGAGCGCGCCUUGCACGAGCAGAAGCUAGCUAAGAUGGAGGCCGAGAUGAAGAUGGUCUUCCAGCAGAAGGUUGCGGAGAAGGAGAGCAAGCUCAAGCAAUCCGAAGAGGAGCUCUACGCCCGACACAGAGAAAUGAAGGAGCAGCUCGAGCGCCAACGCGCCGAACUCGAGGAGAAGAAGCAGCGCGUCGAGAGCGGACGUCCAUUGGAGAAGGAGGGCAAGCGCAAGGGUUUCUCCUUGCGAUAA